AUGGCUCGUACCAAGCAAACUGCUCGUAAAUCCACCGGAGGAAAGGCACCUCGCAAGCAGCUGGCCACAAAGGCGGCCCGCAAAAGUGCACCAGCAACUGGCGGAGUGAAGAAGCCUCACCGUUAUCGCCCGGGAACAGUGGCUCUGCGUGAAAUCCGUCGUUACCAAAAGUCGACUGAGUUGCUAAUCCGCAAGCUUCCGUUCCAACGUUUGGUUCGUGAAAUUGCCCAGGAUUUCAAGACCGAUUUGCGUUUCCAAAGCUCUGCUGUUAUGGCUCUCCAGGAAGCCAGCGAAGCCUAUCUGGUCGGUCUGUUCGAAGACACCAACCUGUGUGCCAUCCACGCCAAGCGUGUUACCAUCAUGCCGAAGGACAUCCAGCUUGCUCGCCGUAUCCGUGGCGAACGCCGUAUUCACCGUCUGCUCCGAAAGGGCAACUAUGCCGAGCGCGUCGGUGCUGGAGCACCCGUCUAUCUGGCUGCCGUAAUGGAAUACUUGGCAGCUGAAGUGUUGGAACUGGCAGGAAAUGCGGCCCGUGACAACAAGAAGACCCGAAUCAUCCCCCGUCAUCUACAAUUGGCCAUUCGCAAUGAUGAAGAAUUAAACAAACUCCUCUCCGGUGUCACCAUUGCUCAAGGAGGUGUUCUUCCCAACAUUCAAGCUGUUCUCUUGCCUAAGAAGACCGAGAAGAAGAAGAGCAUACAGUAUAAGAGGUCAAACCGUUUUUUCCAUCAUUCUUUGUUUGAUUCUCAAAACGCUCGCAUCGUCCCUAAACCGAAAAUGGCUCGUACCAAGCAGACUGCUCGUAAAUCCACCGGAGGAAAGGCUCCUCGCAAGCAGUUGGCCACAAAGGCGGCUCGCAAAAGCGCCCCGGCAACUGGAGGAGUGAAGAAGCCUCAUCGUUAUCGUCCAGGAACGGUCGCUCUGCGUGAAAUCCGUCGCUACCAGAAGUCCACUGAGCUUCUGAUCCGCAAGCUUCCGUUCCAACGUUUGGUUCGUGAAAUUGCCCAGGACUUUAAGACCGAUCUUCGUUUCCAGAGCUCGGCUGUCAUGGCUCUCCAGGAAGCUAGCGAAGCCUAUCUGGUCGGUCUGUUCGAAGAUACCAACCUGUGCGCCAUCCACGCCAAGCGUGUUACCAUCAUGCCAAAGGACAUCCAACUGGCUCGCCGCAUCCGUGGUGAACGUGCCUAA